AUGAUAUGGCAGGAAGCAGAUCGCCAGAAAAAGGAGGAGGAAGAAGAGCAGCGUCGUGCAGAUGAGCAGGCUGAGCGCCGCAAGCAACAGGAAGAGGCUCGGGAGGCUCAGCAGGCAGCAAAGGAGGCCAAAGAGGCCAAAGAAGCCACGGAAGCCAAGGAACGCGCAGAGGCGGCUGCGCUAGCUGCAAAGCAAGAGAAGGUGGUGGCAGAGGCGGAGGCCCCAGAGCCGGUCGACGAAACCCCUCAGCCCGCGCCCAGCGCUCCGAGCAAUCCUCUGAAGAGACUUAGCACUGCCCAGCGAAACCAGCACAAGCUGUGCAAAAAGAAGUUGAAGGAGAUCGAUGGCCUGCAGGUUUGUGCUGGUGGCGGUACAGAGCGACCGUUCACUGGUGUGCACAACGGGAAGAUCGAACGCGAUGCGGAAGGCGUUUAUCGCUGCGCAUGCUGUGGUGCACCGCUCUUUACGCCCAAGGAAAAGUACGACUCAGGAACCGGGUGGCCAAGCUUUGAUGCACCAGUCGCUGAUGCUAUAGGGUAUCGAAAGGACAUCCUGCAGUUUGGAAGCACAGAGGUCCACUGCAGCCAGUGCGGAGCACAUUUGGGCCAUGUUUUCGAUGAUGGCCCCCCGUCCACCGGGCUUCGGUAUUGCAUCAACAGUGUGUGUCUGUGGUUCGACGGAAAUUCUUCAGCAGUUGCCACUGACUCCUUGCCCUAUGUUCUUAACAGCUACUUGGUAUUGCUCCUGCUUAUGGCCUGCUGUGGGAGUGGUUGUGUGAUCUCUAAGCGAGCCGCGGUGGCUGCGCAACCAGUCUACGAAAAGUGGCGCCAGAAGAAGGCAGCUUCGGGGGCUGCUGUGAGCGCAUGGCCGGCUGGCCAAACAGACCAAGGGUUCUGA